ACCCAAGCCUGCGACAUCGCACACAGUGCAAGAAACACCACUCGAGCUACGUCUCGAGCGAAAACACUCUUGUCCUACCUGCCGACUUGGGCCUGCGUCUCUCGACAGCCGGCUGAGCCUGUCCUAUUACCAUAAGCUCAUACAUCUAAGGAGCCAGCCCAUAUGGCUCGCUCUUCAGCAAGUCGCCCCACGAUGGGCGCCUUGGCGCUGCUUUUGGUGGCGAGCUGCUUUGUGGGCGGCGUGUUCAGCGCUCGCAUGGCGAAGCUAGCGCUAGAUGACUCCGCCUCUGUGUCGGACGCCUCCGCCUCCUCUGCCGAUCAGCAGCAGGAGCUGGAGUCCGUGGUGUCGGCGCUGGCGCACAUGAACGCCGACAGCGAGGCCAUGCGCCGCGUGCUGGCGUCGGGCGUGUACCCGCCGUCGCCCGCGCCUCCCAGCCCCAGCCCGUCACCUCCCGCGCCUCCCUCCCCCUCUCCCCCGCUUCCUCCCGGCCUUGCGCUUGAGGCGGAGCACUACGUGGCUGGCUUCUCUGCGAACGCCACCAUCGUGGCCGACCUGGAUGUGACCAGCCAGGCGUCUGUGGAUGCCUUCAUUGCCGCCUUCAUCCAGCUCACCGCCAACGCCCUCAACAUCGACCCCGCCAGCGUGUACGUGACGCGCGUGACCAAGGGCGGCGCGUCCAGCGGCCGCCGCCGCGCCGCGCUGGAGCAGAGCGGCGCUGCGGAGCGUGUGUGGUCUGCGUCGGAGCUGUCUGCGCUGCUGCCCGGCGCUGGCCUGAGCCUGCUUGCGCUCAAGCGCGUGACGCCCGCCGAUGAUGCCACCGUGGCUGGGCUUCGCUCCGCCAAGCUUGAGCUGGUGCUGGGCCCUGGUGCCAAGCUGCAGCAGGCUCGCCGCAGCGCUCUGCAGCAGCAGCCGUCGUAUACUGCGGAUGUGAUUGUCGACUUCACGGUCGUGACGCUGGUGGAGGUGGCGCUGCCUCCCUCGCCGCCGCCCAGCCCGCCGCUGCCUCCUGGCGUGUCUGCUCCUCCCACCGCUCCUGUUUCGCCUCCGUCUCCUCCUCCUCGCCCUCCCCGUCCUCCUCCGCUGAACGUGGCUGUCCUGACAUCCGCCCUGAACGCGUCUUGGGUGAACGAGGCCCCCUCUCCGCCUCCCUCGCCUCCGCCGUCGCCUCCCUCGCCCAGCCCGCCUGCGCGCGUCACGUCGGUCCGAGUCAGCCGCAUGCCCGCCCAGGGCACUCUGUCGGGCGACAGCAGCAAGCCCGUGGUGUGGUACAACGACGCCAGCUUCCGCAGCUACCGCAAGCCGCGCAGCCCGCUGAACCUGGUGUUCUGGAGCGCACGCCGCCAGUGCACCGCCACGGUGGGCGUGUGUGGCGGCUGCCCGCGCGCCUGGGCUGUGCCGUCCAACGCCACGCAGACCACGACGACGCUGCCUCUGUACUUCCGCGAGCCCAUGCAGCUGGACAGCAUCACCAUCACGCAGCUGCAGAACCCCGGCGUGCUGUCUGUGGAGCUGCUGCCGUGGCCCGCCACGCCUAUCCCUGAGCUGCCCGGCGUGGCGCCUGUGUCCGGCCCCAAGGGCCAGCCCGUGUACUCGGCCGCGUCUGACAGCACGCCCUGCGGUGGCGACCUGGUGAUCAACGUGCCUUCCGACCGCUCGGGCAGCUCGGAGAGCGUGCCUCCUCGCGGCAGCCAGUCGGAGCUACCGCCGCGCCUGCGCCGCACGGCCGUGGGCGGCAUCCGCAUCACCGUCAAGGCGCAGGCCAAGGGCGCCAAGCCCACCUUCAUUUCGUCGGUGCGCUUCAGCGGCCGCGUGCUAUACCCGGCCAACCCCGCCACGUACGACGGCAUGUAGGGAGCUGGCAUAGGCAGGGUAGCUGCUGGCUGAGUGGCUGAGUGGUAGUGAAGCAUGUUGGCGGCUUGCAUGAGAGCAAUGGUAAAAGCGGACACGAACCCAAGUUAUCCAAGUGAUGAAUGCAAUUCAUGUACGGACAACCUAGCUUAUGGCAUUCCUUGAUUCUUACGGCGGUGGCGGCGGUAGGUGGCUUAGUAAUACCAGGACCUAAUCAUGCAUAUUCUUGCGGCCCCGCACUGGGGCACACUAGCUUAUGACGGACCCUGCUGGCUGGGUAACGGUGACAAUGGUGAUGUUAACGAAGUGCUUGCGAGUGAAUGCGAAUGCAAGACGCCGUCGCGAGCUCCAGGCUAGCAAUAAACAUCACGAAAGAAGUUAGUGUCAGCGGCAAUGCGGUUACUUGUUACCUUCGAGACGAGACACCGGUGCGCGCUCCACGCUGCUCCGCAUUCGGCACGCCAAACGGAGUCCGAGUGUCGUGGAGACUGCUGCCGCUUGCAGGGGCGGACGCGUUCCAGCUCGCAACUAGGCUGCUGCCAUUCGCCGCGACAACGCGAAACCCACAAAAUGCACCCACCUGGAACGGAGCCAGGCAUCCGCGGGCGCCCAUGGAGCAUAUGCGUGGGCAAGCGGAAAGAAACGGGAGAAGAAAGAAGCGGCGUGGCGGAUGUCAGUAGCCGAUGCCGGGCAAAGCUGCCGAGCAAGUGAAGCAGGGUGGCUGCCUAGCUGGGGCCGGGCUGAUUAGAGGGCUGAACGGCGGCUGCACCGGGCGAGCUGUACUGGUAGUAUGUACUGGCGCCGGCCAAGCGUGGUAAGUAUGGGCGCCGCUGCAUGGAUCCCGCCCCCAUGUGCCGCGGCGAGGCUGGCGACGAUGCAGUGGCGUACAGCUGACAGCUGAGACGGACGGGCGCGGACCGCUGUGCGGUUCCCCACACCCGUCCAGGGACCGGCCCACGCACGGUGCAGCGGGGCCGGCCGGGUGGGGGAACCGUGCUGACAGCUGAGUGGGCGGCGGGCGGAGGGCUGGCCGAGCUCGGUGCGUGUCCACGGCAUGUACCCGAAACCGCUGAAAAGCCAAACCAAGAAACAAAUUCUCCAGAACCAAAUAACCAAGGUGUAAGACGACGACGACCCGUCCGCGCAGUGCUGCAAUCGCGUGCAUGCGGCCGCGUGAAUGCUCAGGCUGCACCCGCAAGCGGGAGGCUCGCCAGUUCCAAACGCUCGAGGGCGGAACCUCGAGUGGGUCCCUGCCACUGGGCAACAGAUACCGGCGUGAACUUGCCGGGGCCCAGGGGCGAUUAUCCCUGAUACGCCCUGUUAACGAAGUGCUUGCGAGUGAAUGCGAAUGCAAGACGCCGUCGCGAGCUCCAGGCUAGCAAUAAACAUCACGAAAGAAGUUAGUGUCAGCGGCAAUGCGGUUACUUGUUACCUUCGAGACGAGACACCGGUGCGCGCUCCACGCUGCUCCGCAUUCGGCACGCCAAACGGAGUCCGAGUGUCGUGGAGACUGUUGUUAUUGAUUGAUUGGUGUGGAUCAUGAUUGGCCUCUAGCACAUAGAGCUGUCCCUAGAACGCAGCACGCAAUUCGUGUGGCGCAGCAGCGCUGAACAUGCGCAUGCAUAGCAGCAGCAAAAAGUAUAGGUCCGUGUGAUUGACCUUACAGGGGGCGUGGGGAAGGGAUGUGGCCACCAGCACGACACCUCGUGGUUGCGCCGCAAUGCGUGAAUGCUAUGAUUGAGGGCACGGCCCUCAGGUCCCACAAGCAAGGACCGCAGUGAACCGGCCUUGCAGGGCCCUGCUGUGUAAUCCACUACCAGA